CACUUGCAGUCUCAAACCAUGAACUACGUGGGGCAGCUGGCUGAGAGUGUCCUCAGCACGAUGAAGGAGCUGUACCAGGAUCUGAACCCUGCCACCCUGUCAGGCUGCAUUGAUGUGGUCGUGGUGAGGCAGCCCGACAACUCCUUCAAGUGCUCCCCAUUUCAUGUGCGCUUUGGGAAGCUGGGAGUGCUGCGCUCCAAGGAGAAGGUGGUUGACAUUGAAAUCAACGGAGAGCCUGUGGAUCUGCACAUGAAGCUGGGAGACAAUGGAGAGGCCUUCUUUGUUGAGGAGUCAGAGGAGCGUGAGGGCAGCAUCCCCUGCUACCUCUGCACAUCCCCCAUCUGCAAGAGGCGGAGCUCAGAUUACGGUGUUCAAUCCUCCUGCGGGCCGGAGGCCCCCAGCGCUGGAGUGAACCUGCACCAGAGGAGGCGACGCAAGAGGAGGCCCAGAAAGAAGGUGGCGUUGGACUCGGAUUCUGACAGCUAUGAUGAGACCAUAAAGGAGCCAUGCAAGCUGCCAGCCCUAAGUGGUGCAGCAGGUUCAUCCUUUGCUGAUCUCCUUGAAGAAUCUGUGUCAUUGCAGCCCCAAGAGAUACAUCCAUACUCCGAUGGGGAGCUGCUCGCAGUGGACAGCUUCAUGCUGAGCCAUCAAUCUUCUCCCAAAAGUGAUUCUGAACUGGAGAUCAAACAACAGGAAAGUUUUGCUCUGGGAUAUGAAUCCCAUUUGAAGUGGAUCUGGGGAAAGUUCCCUCAGGUGAAUAAAUUGGUGCAAGUUAAACCAGCCAAGUCCACAAAGAUCAUUGCUCCUGCAGCAACCACCGUCUCUGCAACACUGGUCCCAGUGGAUGAGGCAACCCCUCUUGUUGCCACCUCUGAACGUCCGGGAGGGGAUUCAAGCCCAGCGGAACCACAGGGCGUCCCCGGUUCCUUGGCUGUGUCUGUAACUGAGCCAACACUUGCACCCCAGGCGGAGAACACCAUCUCCAGGCUGAAGGACAUCCUCUGUGCUGUCAGCGCAAAGAGAUUUUUGGGGGCCCACUCAGUCCCACAAGAGAAACAGAAGGGAGAUGUGAAUGUUGUGCCAGAGGUUCAGACAGAUGUGGAGCCCCUUGAGGGAGCCACUGCUCCAAGGCAGGCAGGUUCAGAAGGCCCUGAGUCCCAGCUGGAGAGGCAGAGGAGGCAAGAAUCCAUCAAAAGUCCUCACUUGGGUCCCAGUGCCAUUUACGUGGAAGACCUCUCCAAGCUGGACAGCAAGCCAGUGGCUCUCUGUUUCCGCAGGAGUGACACACAGCAGAGUUUGAGGCCUGUGACAGACUCCAGCAACCCUCUCUGUAUCCAGCUGCCAUCCAGUUUGCCUGCCAACAGCCCCAUGGACUCUGACUCAAUGCCUACAGUUGCUCUGUCACUGUGUGGGGGCCUCAGAGGCAACAGGCAGAUCUCUAAUGAGACGUUCAUGGAACACCUGAUUUCCUACCAGCAGUUUGCUGAGAAUCCAAGGCUCAUCAGUGACCCAAACCUGGUGAUAAUGAUCAACAAGAAGUAUUACAACUGGGCAGUGGCUGGUCCCAUAGUCCUGGCCCUGCAGGCUUUCCAGAGGAACAUUCCUGAGAGCAUCAUUGAUGAAUUGGUGAAGGAGAAGAUGCACAAGAGAAACAGAAGGUGUUGGUUCUGGAGGAGAAGAGAAUUCCCAACAGAGGGGCAGCAGCCAAGUCCAGGGAAAGCCAGAGUGGGAACAUGGUGGCGUGACCGUGCUCAGCAGAGGCAGGAGAAAAAAGAGUCAUCCAGUGACAAUGAGCCCCAGCACCUUGGGGACAUGUUGGCAAUGGAUACCCCUGCUCAGAAACCUCUGCCAACCUACAAGAAAGGGCAGGAGGAAAAGGAGCCAUCUAGUGACAAUCAGUUCCUCCACCCUGGGGACACGUUGGCAAUGGAAGCCUCUGCUCAGAAACCUCUGCCAACCUAUAAGAAAUCCCUGCGGCUCUCCUCUGAACAAAUUGGAAAGUUGAAUCUGCAGGAUGGCCCCAACGAGGUGGCAUUCAGCGUGACGACUCAGUACCAGGGCACAUGCCGCUGUGAGGCCACCAUCUUCCUGUGGAACUGGAACGAAAAAGUGGUGAUCUCAGACAUUGAUGGCACCAUCACCAAAUCAGAUGCUCUUGGACAGAUCCUGCCACAACUGGGUAAAGAUUGGACUCACCGUGGGAUUGUUAAGCUCUUCCACAAAAUUCACCUGAAUGGCUACAAGUUCCUCUACUGCUCAGCCAGGGCUAUUGGCAUGGCCGACAUCACCAAAGGCUACCUCAAAUGGGUCAAUGAGCAAGGCUGUGGCCUCCCCAUGGGCCCAAUGCUGCUUUCCCCCAGUAGCCUCUUAUCUGCCUUCCACAGGGAGGUGAUUGAGAAGAAGCCAGAGGUGUUUAAGGUCACCUGCUUGACAGACAUCCGAAAACUGUUUGCUACAAAGAGCCCCUUCUACGCGGGCUUUGGGAACAGGCCCAAUGAUGUCUAUGCUUACAAGCAAGUGGGGCUGCCAGAGAGCCGCAUAUUCACAGUAAACCCCAAGGGAGAGCUGAUCCAGGAGCUCACAAAGGACCAAAAGUCAACAUACGAGCGGCUGUUGGAGCUGGUGGAGGUCUUCUUCCCUCCUGUGGGACAGAGGAGGAGCGCUGCUCCGGGGUUCCCAGACUGCAGCCACUUUACCUACUCCACAGCCUGAUGGUGACUUGGAUGGCUUACCCUGACCCAUCCCAGUGGAGACCUGACCCAGAGCUCUCCUGCAUGUUCUUUGCCGGGAAUAAAUGCUCCAUGUGCACCUCAUCCUCCCUGUUGACUGCUUGGGCAUUUUGCAUUUGUAAUAAGAGGUCAGAACACCCCUUGGAAGCCAAGGGGUGUAAGAGGGAGCUCUGACUCUACAAAAACUGCAGUAGCUAAAUUCAAAUUCCUGAAAGCUGUGUCUCUUCUGGUGUUUGUAGCUCCUCUAAAGCCUGGCUCUUUUUUAAAGGUUCUGGUUGUUCCCUGUUGUAUUUAUUGAUGAGCUCCUGACAUAGCUAUUACUACCU